CCGCCAGCCCUCUCCUGGUGCUAUUCACAAUUAACUUCACCAUCACUAACCUGCGGUAUGAGGAGAACAUGCAUCACCCUGGCUCUAGAAAGUUUAACACCACAGACAGAGUCCUUCAGGGUCUGCUCAGGCCCCUGUUCAAGAACACUAAUGUUGGCCCUCUGUACUCUGGCUGCAGACUGACCUUGCUCAGGCCCGAGAAGAAUGGUACAGCCACUGGAGUGGAUGCCACCUGCACCUACCGCUCUGACCCUAAAAACCCCGGGCUGGACAGAGAGCAGUUAUACUGGGAGCUGAGCCAGCUGACCAAGAGCAUCACUGAGCUGGGCCCCUACACCCUGGGCAGGAACAGUCUCUAUGUCAAUGGCUUCACACAGCAGAGAUCCGUGCCCAGCACCAGCACUCCUGGGACCUCCUCAGUGGACCUGGGAACAUCUGAGACUCCAGCUUCUCAAUCUGGCCCCUCGG